AUGGACUUUCAAAAUGUCUCUCAUUUCUCUCCCUCUCUCACUUUCAUCCUCGGUCUCCUCACAACACCCCUUCUCUCUCGUCUGCUGCAGGCAAUAAUAAAACAGCUGCUUUCGCUCUGUCUUAGCGGCGAGGGCGGGGGAGGCGCACAUGCGAUAGCGGAAAAGGAGCACGGUCUGUACAGCUUGGACCAUGGGAUGCUGAAUUUACCUAGCCUUGUACCAGAGGAAAUGUGGAUGAAUAUGGGAUAUUGGAAGAACACAACAGAGUUUCCCCGCGCCUGUGAGGCGUUGUUGGAUAAAAUCCUGCGAACCGCAGGUUUGGACGUCCAAGCCAAUACUUCCGACGACAUUGACAUUGACUACUUGAUCAUAGCCGAGAAGCCUCAGGAACGGCAAGGGGGCCGGAAAGAUGGGAAAGAUGGGGAUGGGGCACCAACAAGAAAGAGAAGAAGAGUAAUUUUGGAUGUUGGAUUUGGCUGUGGUGAACAGACAUUAUAUUUGAUGAAAAAAAGAGAGGCUGGUGUAAGUGAUCGUGAUGAUGAUGAUGUUGCAAAAGGACUUUCGAGCACAACCCAAGGCAGAUUAGAGGAUCCCGAUUGUCAAGCGAGUUCACCACUGUUCCAUCACUACAUCGGCAUGACGAUCGAGAAGAUGCAGUACGAAUUUGCUAAGUCUAGAGUUGCUGAAGCAGGUAGGAAAUGCAACGCUGCAACAGAAGAGAAUGAACUUGUUGAAAACGGUGUAAAUAGGGGUAAGGGAUUGUCAGGUGGAACGGUGGAGCUUUUCUGCGGACAUGCGGCUAAACCAUCUGAUUGGCCGGAAGAUAUACAGCGGUCAAUUUCCAAUGCUUUUCGCCAUACCAAACAUCGUGAGGGCAUGGAGAAGAAAGAAAUAUUUAGGAAAGAAACGGAUGAGGAGCGCUACGUCCUUGGUCUGGACACGUUAUAUCACUUUAGCCCCUCACGAAACGAGCUCUUCAAGUACUCGCAUUCCACUCUUCGCGCAUCCUUGCUAGCUUUUGACCUCUUCCUACCCCCGAAACCGCAAUCUUCCUCAUUCCUUAUGACGGCAAAAAGAAUGAUAGAUUCAUUGGCCCUACGUUGUCUCACACCUGCCCUUUCCGCCCCGUUUUCGAACUUUGUCACUCCAGCCGAAUAUAAAACACUACUGGCAAAAGCUGGCUAUGCACCUGAAGAUAUCAGAUUUGAAGAUAUCACGGAUGACGUAUUUCCAGGUCUCGCGGCAUUCUUUGAGCAAAGAACACGAGAGUUGAGGGCCUUGGGCCUGCAAGGAUUUACAAAGUGGAGGAUUUCUGGGUGGUUGUUUCGUUGGCUAGCAGGCGGAGACGUGCUCAGGGCAGGGAUUAUCGUUGCUAAAUGGCAGCGUAGCCCUGAGGAUUGUGCGAAUAGGAAACAUAGUUUUGAUCUUCAGGUCCAGCAUCCGGUCGAGCAAAGUUGCUAA